AUGAAGCCACCAGUGUUUCAUUGCGGAAUUGAACCGUUGAAGGCCGAGGCUUGGGUCUUAGGAAUUGAAAAGUUGUUUGAAGUAUUCCCAUGUACCGAAGCUCAGAAAAUACAACUAGCAACAUUCGCCCUAAAAGAUGAUGCCAGACGUUGGUGGACAUUAGUGCGAGAUGAUAAUAAGGAUGUUACUUGGGUUCGUUUUCUGGAAAUCUUCUACGAAAAAUAUUUUCCCCAAUGUGUGUGGGAUAGAAAGGCAGCGGAACUCAUGGAACUCAAGCAAGGAAAUAAAUCAAUGGCUGAAUAUGAGGCUCAGUUUACAGAAUUAGCUCGCUUUGCACCCCACAUGGUGGACACAGAUUACAAGAAAGCUAGACAGGUUGAAGGAGGCUUGCGUGACCCAAUUCUAGAUAAAAUCAAUGUACUCAAAUUGCCGAUAUAUGUGGAUAUACUUGAUAGGGCACUAAUAGCAGAGAGAAAUGUGGCCAACCGUAAACAAAAUUUCGAAUGGAAAGGCAAAAAAUAG